UUAUAGAUGAAUGAGGAUUCUUGAUGCAGCGCUGCCUGAGGGAUCGGAGAUCACGGCUGUUUAGCUUCAGCUUGCGCAGUUGUUCUUUACGCACUGAAAUUCAACAAAUAAAACACAAACGCAGCUGCUUGUUUACGGAAACAAUGGCUCUUAGCAGCUUGACCUUUCUCAGCACAAAGCAGGUUGUUUCUAAUGAGACUGAAGCUGUGUGUAAAUCCUCCAUCUGCUCCCUGCUGGGCGUCCAGUGUUACUCAGGUACAUCUAAUGGCAUUACAGCGGCGGAGCAACAGGUUUACCUUUAAGAGUCUCUCUGUGCUGAUUUCUGCACUCCAGCAUGCUGUUAUAUUACCAGACACAGGUUAUUUCACAAAGAAUGGCGCACAAGGACCAGAGAAAAGAGAGCUUCAGCAGUGUGUUUUAUCAGACCAAUGAAGGCCAAGACGGUCUGAUCCGUCCGAAGAAACUGACCAACCCAGUGCUGGAGUCCUGCAGCCGGAGAGGAUUACACCGUGAGCUCAUCAUCAGCCACAGAUGUGGUCUUCUGCCUGAAGAGAAGCCGGAGCUGAAGCGAGUGCUGGAACAUAGGAGACUGGAGCAAAACAGAGACCAAGAACAAGCCUCACAGUCGCCGUCUGACCUGGAGAAAGAGCUGAGCAAGAGACGCCAGAUACUGCAGGCGUAUGAGCAAGAAGAGCUGAGACGCAGAGAGGACCUACGAAACAUGCCGGAGUUUGUUCGAGUGCGAGAGAACCUGAGGCACAUCAGCAUCACAGGCUACUGAAUCCACGAUCAUGAUCCAUUUCCUCAAAGCGCUUCUAUAAGGAACUGAUUUUUGUGACUCACUGUCAAAAUUGUGUUCAGUCCACAUGAAAUAAUAAAGUGCAAAAAAAAAACUUUUCAAUCACCAUUCUGGGGGAACACGGCAGCUAAGUGGUUAGCACUAUCGCCUCACAGCAAGAAGGUUGCUGGUUCGAGUCCCAGCUGGGUCAGUUGGCAUUUCUGUGUGGAGUUUGCAUGUUCUCCCCGUGUUGGC